GUGACGUGACGUUAUGACUUAUGAAGAAUCUCGCUUCAUUCAUCAUUUCGUUUUACCGCUUGCCACGAGUGGCUAUCGCAGUCUCAGCCUGCGAGACUCCUCGGUAACGUGUAUAUAAAUUCGCAGAUACUAUAAUCGGCACCACAACCGUUAAAAGGGUCGACCCGGGCGAUCAUUUCAUGUUCCAUUUGGAGUAUUGACAUUUUAGCUAUCUGUGAUAUAACAAUACAUAAGUAUCUCGUUAAAAGACGUUAACAGUUUUUAGGUUAAUCUUGCACCGGCAUAUCAGUGUUACAUUCGUUCGAUGGACAGUUUUUGAGUGUGCUUCGUUCCCUCAAGUUCUUGAGUCGCAAGUCGAAUAUGGAAUCGUCAAUGAAUUACAAUUUGGAGAUCACGCCGAAUUACUCGUAUAUAUUCGAGUUCGAGAAUGACUUCAUUCACCAAGACUAUCGGAAGUGGAUGACUGAAAACUGGACAGUGGCUUUUUACUAUGUCGGAAUCUACAUGGCUUUCAUUUUUGGCGGCCAGCACUACAUGCAGAAUCGACCACGGUUCGAGCUGCGACGGACGCUCAUCGUGUGGAACAGCGCGCUGGCGGCGUUCAGCAUCAUGGGCGCGUGCCGCACACUGCCCGAGUUCGUCCACGUGCUCCGCAACUACGGCAUCUACCACUCCAUAUGCGUGCCCAGCUUCAUCGAGCAGGACAAGGUGUCGGGUUUCUGGACGUGCAUGUUCGUGCUGUCGAAGCUGCCCGAGCUGGGCGACACGGUGUUCAUAGUGCUGCGCAAGAAGCCGCUCAUCUUCCUCCACUGGUACCACCACAUCACGGUGCUGCUGUACACGUGGUUCUCAUUCACCGAGUACACCAGCUCAGCGAGGUGGUUCGUGGUUAUGAACUACUGUGUGCACAGCGUGAUGUACUCGUACUACGCACUGGUCAGCAUGGGCAAGUACCCGCCCAAGGUGCUGGCGAUGACCAUCACGUUCCUCCAGCUCACCCAGAUGAUCGUGGGCCUGUCCAUCAACGUCUGGGCCCACAACUACCUCGCCACAGCCCCCCCGCACUCCUGCCACAUCAGCCAGAUCAACGUCAAACUAUCCAUGGCCAUGUAUUUCUCGUAUGCCGUGCUAUUCGCGCAGUUCUUCUACAAGGCGUAUCUAGCGCCGAAACGAGGUAAGAAGGCCAAGAUCGAGCCCCCCACUUCGGAGUACGAGAAGGUCAAGACGAACGGAUACCCGCGACAGAGGAACGGCGUCGUCCACUAGUCCCAUUGUGAUAUUUUACGGGUAUGCCGACGAGAUGCUCUGCCCUUCCCGCCUUCGUUUAAAUAGAGGUCCGCCAUCUUGGAUUUUUACCGCGUAUUUCAAGUGUUGGGCUACACAAAACAUGUUACGCGUUUUCAUAGAAACGUGAAACAAUGGCUGUCGCUAUUAGAAUGCAGUUUAGAUGAAAACGUUCUCAAAAUAACGAUCUCUGACGUCAGGCAUUGUUUCUGAAAAGGGACUUUCCGAUUUGACAGGAGGCGGAAGGACCAUAGACAAAGUGUCGCUAGAGCAUCGACAGCAUAUUUAUUGUAUAAGUGUAAUUUAGUGAUAUUUUUAAAGCGGGCUUAGAAUUUGAAAUCAACUCAAAAACAAAUAUACAGUGAGAGUAAUGUUACCCACAAACAUGAGUAUUAUUUUUAUUAAAAAUGUAUCCGACUUACAACUUUUUUUAGAAAUUACAACGUGCCAAAUAUAAAUAUUAGGUACAUACCAGCUAGCUACUUAAAAUGUUUAUUGAACAUUGUUCUGCAAAUGCUUAGUUGAAUAUAAUUAGAAAUUUGAUAUACUGCUACGUUCGAUAGUAGUGUUAAUUAGAAAUUAAUUGAUAAUUGAUGAAAAUAAAUGUUGAAACAAUUAGUGAAUUAAAAUGGGCAUGUCAAAUUUUUACAAACUACCUACCUACCUAAUCUAAAAAAAAAUUGCAAGUGCAACAGAUCUGUUGAAACAUUUCGUAUUCAUAAAAUAUGGUUAUGUGCUACUUAGUUUUUAUUUACAAAGUUAUUUAAUUAAAUAAAUAAAUGGUUUUACGCAUUAAAAAACGUAUUUCCGCAAUAUUAAACCGACAUAGUUCAAUAAUUGAAAUACAUUUAAAUUCAAAUGCAUAUUAAUGAUGAAAACAAGUAUUAUUUGUAUAAAUAUUGAGGCAAAAAACGUCAAUAAUGGAUCUGGAUUGGGCC